AUGACAGCAGUUCGUCACAGUCGAUCUGUGGCAUUGGGAAGCAGCAACCCCGCAGCAGGCAAGACAACUUGGAACGUGUCGCAUGGUGAUCUACAGCCAUGGAACGAGUCUGCCACACUCGUCGACGACGUCUCCUACAACAAGGCCGUCCUACAAUUAACCGCAUCCAUGUCCGAGGAUGACCUUGAUGACGAAGUUUCGCGGCAACUUGAAUCUCUGGGCUUGAUACAACCAGCCUUUGUGUCGGCGCUGCAGGUGAUUACUUCCUCUCUCUCUACGGUCACAGUUGCUUCAGAUUCAAUCAAUCAGAGUCCAAUCCACCCACAAUCCCCGGAUUUGAAAUCCUCGCCUGGAAAUGACCACCAUCCCGUUACGCGAUCGUCUCACAUCUCCGACCAUUCGCCUACCCAGUCCAACUCUCCUUCAUCUCGGGUGAAUGCAGACAAGGGAAGAAACUCACCUUUAAAAAGAGGUUUGAAAAGGCUUUCUGGUUUUCGAAGAAGAAGAUCUGGCUCGGCGGCGCUUGUGUCCCCAACCUUGACCAGUCUCAGCAGUACAGACACACAUCAGAGUGAACUAGGCUCUAUAGACAUGAGAAACCCGUUGUCGAUCAGGUCGAGCAAGAGUUCGUGGUCACCAACUUUGCCCACAUCCAAACACAGCUAUGAUGAGCCUCCUCCCAUUGACCAGGACGCUCUCAAGCGGAGUAUGGAAUCCCAGCAGUUGAUGGGCCUUCGGAUGACCCAGUUGGAGGAAAAGGUCCGUUUUCUGGAGUUCCAGACCACUCUAAUCUCGCAGCUUAGAACCCAGAAAGAGCAUGUAAAAAAGCAGAGACAAGUGGAGCAUGAAAGAAUACUGUCCGAGCAAAGCACUAAGAAUGAAGAAGCCGUCGAAGCCCUCGAGGCGCGUCAACUCGAAGAGGAGUUGAAGAUGCAGAAGGAGCAUGAGCUUGAGAAACGAGCUGUAAUGGUGCGACUGCGCCACAUGGAAGCCUAUUGCCACACCUCCACACCGCCGCCAGACUCUAUCAGUCCGGGUUCCGGCCGCUCAUCCAUCGAUUCUGCCCUACCAGAAAGAAAAGUGACGGACAAAGACUAUCACAGCCUUGCUCAACAAUACCGCGAACGAGACGUAAUGGACACCUUACAUUCGUCGAAGAUCAAUGUUCUGCGCGGCAGGCAGAAGAAAGCCGUCGAAAAAAUGAUUGCGAAGAAAGAGACCGAACUCAAGAAAAUGGAAGAAGACCAAGCAAAAGAACUACAAACAAUUGACCAAAGUUUCACCGCUCAAGAAGCCCAGUUGAGACUGGCUCUUGGGGUAAAGCGUACCAGACUCGAGAAUAGGUGGAAAACACAGGCAUUAAUCGAAAGGACCAAGCUGGAAAAGGCGACAGGGCUUCCAUACGCUCCCCUACCCGAUGUCAUUGCCGUGGAGGAUCCCGUGACGACUGAUCUCACCCUUUCCCUCGGCCUCAGUAUUUGA